UCUAUGUCCUCAUCAUCUAUUCAUUCCCGCAGCGAUGUCUAACAUCCCCAUCUCUCUCUGCAACUCUUCUCUCACUCUCUUCCUCCUCGCCAUCUCCACCUCCGACGACCCCUGGCCUUUCUCUCUCUUCUAGGUUUUAAUUUCUUGUCCUUAAAUCGCUUUUAAUUAAGAAAGUUCUUAAAUCUGCGGUUUUGAAGGAGGGGAGAGAGAGAGAGAGAGAGGGAGGGAGAUCAGUCAUGAGAGGCGGCGGAGGAGCGAAGAAGGAGGCGGCGCUGCCGAAGGGAUGCAUGGCUGUUAGGGUUGGUGGGAGAGGGGAGGAGAUGCAGAGGUUUGUUGUGCCUGUGGAGUACGUUAACCACCCGCUCUUCGUCGAGCUGCUCAAGGAGGCGGAGGAGGAGUAUGGGUUCGAGCAUACGGGGUCGAUAAGGAUACCGUGCCACGUGGAGGAUUUCAGGCAUGUGCAGGGUGUAAUAGACCGCGAGAACGCCGGCCAUGGCCAUGGCCAUCAUCAUCUCCAUUUCUCCAAUUGCUUCAAGGCGUGACUGUAACGCAAUCUUCUUCUUUUCUGUCAAAGUUAAUUUUUCUUUUUUUAUUUUAUUUUAUUUAAGGAGAAUAUUGAUGAUGAUGACGAAAUAUUUUGUGCUUUAUGUAUGCUAUUGAUUGGAGUGAAAUGUGAAAUACACUUUUCUUGUUGUUUGUAUAA